GUGUUUCUCGGCGGUGCCGCAAUGCUAGGUAGAGGGGACCAGAAGUGUUGGUGUUUCAGCGGGUGGUUCGGAUAGGAUGUGUUUGUUGCAGAGACUACGAAGUGUUUCUCGCUAAAAUGUAAAUAAUCGUGAAUGAUUAGUGCUGUAAUCACCAAAAAUUGCCCUCGUUUAAGAUGGAAGUGAGCGGUACGCCGUCGAUUACCAAGGCCUUAUGUUUCAUUUGAUUUGGCCUCAACCCGUUUGUCUUUAGAUCGACCGUUUGUUUAGUUAUGAAGCAAAUAGUUAUAUCAUUAGUAUACGCUAAAUUAUUUAGUAAACGUGAGUGUGCUGUCGGUAAUAAAGUGUUAGCUGUCUCGCAACCUGAUACUAAGAUUAUCACUUUUACCUAAUGUUUUUAUUGCUGAGAGACCUAAAGCCAUAGAAAAAGUGAAAUCUUCUAACAUUGGGUGUACCAUAACUAAACAUAAUGGAGAAAAUCUGUCGGCUGUGCAUGAGCAGAGCAGAAGAUUUGAUUUCCAUCUUCGAAACCGCUGACGAAUUUGACCGUACCGUUGCAAAUAAAAUAUCAGCAUGUGUUGCCAUAGAGGCUGUGGAAGGUGAUGGAUUGCCAUCUGAAAUUUGUAAGGAAUGUGCCUCGCUCUUGGAUGUUAUGUAUAACUUCAAGGAAAAAUGUCGGGCAUCAGACUGGACACUUCGAAAGCUGAAAGCUAGAGCGACACAUCAUCGUCAAUUUGUGGGCCCUGUAUACAAGUUGAUGAAUGAAACAAAUCCUGAUGUAAAUCUUGAUGCAAGGCUGGCCAAGAAUCUGAUUGGAUAUCACAAUGCUGCUCCUGCUGAGGGGCCUGAAACUUUCUUGGUGCAAAAGGGGCCUGAGGUGAUAGCUAUCACAGUCAUUGAUCCUAAUGCACCUGGGGAUUGUACAAAAUCGAAUACAUCUGGUGGUUGGACUGACCCAAUGAAACCGCAUGAUAUGCAGUCUUCAGUGGAUGGCAGAUCUCUUUAUGGGGGAACUCCUGGCAGUUCUUCACCAGAUCUCGCCGAGGGAGCGCCAAUAUUAUUUGUCAAUGAAGGUAUCGACUCCGAUGGACAGUUGGUAACAGAAUUUGAACCAGUAAGUGCAUUCCACCCUGAAGCUCUUCGGCGCAGACUCGAAAGAGAUCUUCCAAAAAGUGAAAAUGAUAUGCAACCGGCCUCAAAAAGUGAAACUGAUACGCAACCGGCUUCAGAAAGUGAAUCUGAUAUGCAGUCAGCUGCAGAGCAAAGAUCAGAGCAAAGAAAUUCUGCAGUUCACGUGUGCCGAGAAUGUAAGGAACCAUUUGGAACUGAAGAAGAAAUGAUUAAUCAUCUAAAGACUCAUUAUAGUUGUAUAGAUUGUGGUCAGACUUUUACAGAGGUUGACGAGUUGACCGAACAUUGCAAAAUGUUAUGUGCAGCAGAACCUUGGAGUUGCAAAACAUGUGGAAUGACAUUUAGCAGUAAAGACAAACUUCAUAAUCAUUUACAAGUCCACACAGAGAAACCAUAUAUCUGUGACGAGUGUCCAUCAUCAUUUUCAAGAAAGGAUGUUCUUGCAAGACAUAAAGCUAUUCAUUCUGGGCGCCAGUUUAUUCAUGUUUGUGAUGAGUGUUCUAGAGUAUUUACGCGUGAAGAGGACAUAAAUUUGCACAAGCUGACCCAUUCAUUUUGUAAAGAUUGUGGCGUUCAGUUUGCAUCGAGUCAGGAAUUGUCAGCACACAAAUUGUCGUGCCCAAAUGUUAAACCUUGGCCUUGUGACUUAUGUGAUAAAUCAUUUGUUUCAAAAGACAGACUUAAUCGACACUUAAAAAUACAUUCUUCUGAUAAACCAUAUGUAUGCGAAAUUUGUUCAGCUGCAUUUAAUAGGAGAGAUAAACUGACAAGACAUAAAACAACACACAGUGGUGACAGACCUUAUCAGUGUGAAUAUUGUGAUCUUAGCUUCACCCGAAGAGACAAACUUGGAAGACAUAUGACCACUCACUUUAAAUCUCAAGUUAAUAAUGAGGAAAACUUCAGUUAGGGGGAAGAAAUUUAUUUUCAUGAGUUUUUUCAGCUGAAUAAUUUCAAAACAUUGUGACAGCUGCAAUUUUCAAAGAUGUUUCAUCAUUAUCUCAAAUUUAAAUUAUAUUCUGAUUUUAUUUAUUUAUUAUUUUUCAUUAAUUUGUUCAUUUCAUCCUCCUUCGGUGUUAUACAUGAGCAUCAUUUAGAAAUGCCCUUGACAUAAGAUAUGUAUUUAUAAUUUGUCAUUAGUCAUACAGGCAAUUUUGCCUUAGAAACUGAACUAUUGGGCAUAUAAUGCUGUAUGCUUUUCUGCAAUUUUCCCUCUUGAACGUAUGCCUCCACCAAUUUUUGGCUUGAAUUGAUCAUGUAUGGAACAUACAAGUUUGUGAAUUAAUAUUUAAAAAAGUUUUCGUUAGCCCUUACUUCAGGAGGGUAAAAACUUUCAAGCCUUUACAUGGAAGGUAUUGCGACUCCCUUGUUGAACUGUCUGUAAUAACAUUAACCCCUAAACUUCCUUUCUACUGUAGCUGAACAAACAAAGCACUGUUGUGAUCAUGACAAAUAAGUUAGAGUAGUCAACAUUUUCGGUAGCAGUGAGUCCAGUGGCUUUAUGUCUCUGCUGUGUGACAGUAGACUAAAAAUUACUCAUAUUUGAGUGAAAGCAUUCUAGAAGCACUGAGAUGGCUACCAACAAGGCACUUGACAUUUCAUGGAGAACGGGGCACACAUGCUGCAUUUAAUAAACAAGUUUUCUAGAAAUAAUUGAUUUUCUAAUGAGUAUUAUCUUGUUUAUUUAGAUGGCAUUCGUAUUUUGAGUCCAGGUGUUUAUACAGAGAUAGGGACUAAAACAUGAACCCCCAGAUUAUUUCAGGAAAUGCAUUAUUAUUUUAGUUGUCAGUUCCUAAAAACUAGUGUUUCUGUCUUUCUUACAGUGAAAAUAUUUUUUUCGGUUGUGUUAGUGUGUAGAUAUGACAGAAGAAAUCACUCCAAAACUAAUACACAUAGGAAGAAAGCAAAGCAAAGUCAAGUCAUAGAACAUGAAUGACUGGGAGACCCUGAAGGAAAGUUCAGGCACCUUUCUUACAUGAAGUAUAAGAACUGUCUGUGUAAGUGUAGAUGUUUAGUGUAGGUGACUGGAGUGAGCAAGUGUGUGUGUGUGUGUGUGUGUGUGUGUGUGUGUGUGUGUGUGUGUGUGUGUGUGUGUGUGUGUGUGUGUGUAUAGAGAGAGAGAGAGAGAGAGAGAGAGAGAGAGAGAGAGAGAGAGAUGAUGGUGAUGGUGAUGAGAGAAGGGAGAGGGUGAAACCCGGAGCUGGCACAUAGCCUACUCCUCUUGAAGAGCACCAAGAGGGCCACCGAGCUUAACGACCCCAUCCGAUGGACAGAUCACCAUCAACAGUGUUGCAUGCUCUCACUUCAUGAGACAUUGAGGAGAGGUUCGGAAUUCAAUCCAGACCAUUGGCACAAAGAUUAUUGACCAGGGACCUUACACCUCUACCCCUCCUAUUGCCUCUGCUGCAAAGGCAAAUGAAAAUUUUCAAUAGUGUGCAACACACCCAGAUGGUCAUCCAUCUAAGUACUGGCCAUGCCUGAUGGUGCUUAACUUCAGUGAUCUGAUGGGAAGAAUGUGUAAUAUAGAAGUUUUACAGACAAGUGUCAACAUACAAUGUAAUUAUUGAAUAUCUUGACAACAGAGUCAGUAUAAAAGAGGAAUGGUAAUGCUUUGAAGAAUCUUCAUUUUUUUAAAUUAAUGUAAGUACUUUCCUUUCCUGUAUUUUGAAGUUACUAUGUUCAUAUUGAAUCGGACUGAGUAUAGUGCCACCUUAAUUUUCACAUGCUGUGGCAUGUGAAUCAUUUCUGCUUCAUUAUAACAAAAACAAAGAAAAACUGCUACUUCUGGAAAGCAUGUCAUUUACUUAUUCAUCCAGGGAUCAUCUUAAAAUGGUAGAGGAUUUGUCAAAAUACAAUGAAAAUAGGAACCUCAAAAAUAUAGAUACACACAGAAUAUAUAAGUACGCUUUGAGGAUAGGACAUGUGGUUGGCCAUGGCCUUCAUGAAUGAACCAUCCCAGCAUUUGCCUGAAAUGGUUUAGGAAAACCUAAAUCAAAAUGGCUGGACAGAGGAAAAAAUUCCCCAACCUUCUGAAUAUGAUGUUAGCACUUCAACAACUGCACUGCGUCUUUCGGUUAGUCCCUAUUGUGCAAUGUUUUCUUCAUACAUAAUUUGCACAAGAUAAAUUGCGAUACGAAACUAGUUUCCUACUGUUUUUUUGCUUCUGUCUACACUGUCACUGCCUACUCUAAGGAAACCCACUGAUGACUUCAGGACCGCGAACAUCCUGCUACGCCCCUUGCACUUCGUUCAAUCCAUCCGGAAAACUGAUUCCAGGACCACAGACAUGCUACCGUAUGUGAUGCAGUUUGCAUAGAAAAGUGAGCCAGUAUACCAUUUUAAGCAAUUCCCCAUGAUUGAGUCGGCAAGUAACAUUGUGUGGCAUGAAAUAUUUAAAAUUAUGUUGGUUGCUUCUUUGUAUGGUAUUUUGUCUCAUUGAAGCUGUAACCAAGAGGAAAGUCAUACAGUUGAUCUAAGAUGAAUUUUCCUACAUGCUUGCCGACAGUGAAACACAGACAGGCUGUUAAGACAUCAUGUUUAUUCUAGAGUUGAUGUCUUUUCAGCCAAAUCCCGGUGAUCUGGUGAAGAGGUAUUCCCAAAUGGGAAUAUUUUAGGGAUUACCAAUUGUGAUAUUUUCCUUACUAACAAUGGAAAUAUCUCAAAAACAUUAGUUGGGAAUUGGAACAAUUUUUAUUUUGUUUCUGGGACCCUAUAGCCCAACCAAAAAUAGUCCUUUUGUGUGUGUGUGUGUGUGUGUGUGUGUGUGUGUGUGUGUGUGUGUGUGUGUGUGACAGAGUAAACUUGACGACUUGUUCUACAGCUGUGACAGGAUACCCAGCCAUCGACUAAUAACUGGUGGAUCCAAGAGAGAUCUGUGUUAGUUUUGUUUCCUAUUUAUGAAUAAAUCUAUUAGUCACCAUCCUCUUUUCUAUUUCUGAUCACAUUUUCUGUCUGGUACAAGCAUAUUCAAAAUGGUACAGCAUAAGAAAAUGUUUGGAAGUGAUUGAAUUGGAUUUGUAGUAAACCAUGUGCCUUGUUCAGUACAUGAUAAAUAAGUCUUGAGGUCUUGCUAAUCCAUGUGAGGCACCCACCUUAAAAUUAACAGAAACCAUAAAAAUUAAUUAACCCCUUGCUAGAAUAAUUAACACAUCUGAUGCUAGAGACAAUGAAAAUAUAAAUGUGAGAUAAGUGUUGUAUAGUAGAAAUAAAGUUAAGAGGAAUGAAUUGGGGGCUACCCAUCUAAUAUUAAAAAUUAAAUGUAUAUUUAUGUACAAUGUAUGUAUCGUGUAAAUAGUAGCUGUAUAAACCCUUUGUUUUUCUGAGAACUGUGUGCUAUGUGGGGCUGUAAUGUGUUAGUAAGCAAAACUGAAUGUAUUAAUUGUGAUCAAUGUGUACUAGAUGUAUUAAUUUUGAUUUUAAUUGUCUGCAGUUAUUAUUUAGAUUCUAAGUUUUUGUGUUGCAGUAGCUACAUUUUAAAAAGGCAGCUGACUGAUUUUUUUUGUGAUGUUGAAAUAUUUUCUGUUUGUUGGUGUACUUAUAUGUAUUAGUUAGAUCGUGAUAAAGAUUAUGUACAUUUUCA